AUGUCUCUCGUUGCUCCCGACCCCUCGCAGAACUUCAACCACAUCUUGCGUCUGUUGAACACCAACGUCGACGGCAAGAUCAAGAUCAUGUACGCCCUCACCAAGAUCGGUGGUGUCGGUAGGCGGUACGCCAACAUCGUCUGCAAGAAGGCUGACGUUGACCUUGGCAAGCGCGCUGGUGAGCUCAACUCGGACGAGCUUGAGCGAAUCGUUCAGAUCCUCCAGAACCCUGCCGAGUUCAAGAUCCCCACCUGGUUCCUCAACAGGCAAAAGGACAUCGUCGAUGGCAAGUACCACCAGAUCCUGUCCAACAACGUCGACUCGAAGUUGCGUGAGGACAUUGAGCGUCUCAAGAAGAUCAGGGCGCACAGGGGUAUCCGCCACCACUGGGGUCUCCGUGUCCGUGGUCAGCACACUUGCACCACUGGUCGCCGAGGCAGGACCAUCGCCAACAAGAAGAAGUAA